AUGGAGGCAGAUUGGGAUGAAUUGUCGCGCAUCCCAGUGCCGCCACCGAGUGCGCAUGGGCUGCCGACGAUAGCGACAACGGUCGCCUUUGACGAUAUGAUGGAGCUGCUUUGGACAGGAAACGAAUAUGGCCGAGUCUCGUCAUUUUAUGGACCGGACUUGCAACGCUAUACCUCCGUUCGAGCUCAUCCUGUCUCCGACGGCGGGGUACGACAAAUCAUCUUUCAUCAACGUGGUGUGCUUUCUCUAUCAUCGAAGAGCGUGCAUAUGAUUACGCGACGUGGUUUGACACAAUGGCACGUCACGCACGAGGACAUGACCGAUCUCCGAUGCAUGAGUUUUACGGCGCAGACAAAUCGGAUCCUGGUGGCGGGCUGUCAGCGGGCGAUGUUCACCAUCGACAUCGAUAAAGGGGCUAUCGUCGACAAGUUGCAUACCGACUCAAACUACACACUCAUGAAGAAAAGUCGAUAUCUCUGCGCCGCAACGGAUAAUGGCUCUGUGAACGCGCUGAGUCUGGCUGAUUUCAAGGUUGUCAAAUCAUGGAAAGCACAUGGAACUGCUGUCAAUGAUAUGGAUGCGCGGAAUGAUCUACUUGUGACUUGUGGAUUCUCAGUUCGUCACCUCGGAGCCCCGAUUGUCGACCCACUGGCCAAUGUUUACGAUUUGAAGACAUUGUCGCCGCUUCCACCCAUUCCCUUCCAUGCGGGUGCGGCAUAUGUGCGAAUGCAUCCGAAACUGCACACGACAAGUUUUGUGGCAUCCCAGACGGGCCAGCUCCAGGUUGUGGACUUGAUGAAUCCGAACUCGAUCAAUCUGAGACAGGCGAAUGUUGCUUUCAUGCUCGGGUUUGAUGUCUCUCCGUCCGGAGAAGCUCUGGCCAUCAACGAUGCAGAAUGCGCCAUCCAUCUAUGGGGUUCCCCAAACAAGGUUCACUUCAACGAGAUGAGUAAAGAAAUCGAAUUCGCCGAUGUCUCUCCACGACACCCUCCAGUCGAUUGGUCUCCUGAAACCCCACUGAACAUGGUUGGAAUGCCAUACUAUCAUGAACGACUCUUUUCCGCUUGGCCCAGUCAUUUGCUGUUCGAAGUAGGCACGCCGCCACCUCCAGUGGACCAGUCGCUCCUUCCAUAUUUACGACCCGCUGAGGUCGGACACGGUGCACCUAAUCCUCGAAAGGCUCGUCGGUACCAGGCCGACAGCACGCGCUCCCUCGUCGCAGCUGAAUCUGCUCUCAUUGCUCCCAAGUUCCUGAGUGAAAAGGCUCGGGAUCAAAGCAAAUCCGACCUCAAGGGCUCGGUGAGCGAAGCAACGAAAGCAUUGGCGGCCGCUAAAAUGAAUGGCGAGGGUGAGGACGAUCCUCUUCUCAAGUACAGCAAUGUAGAGAUCAAGUACAGUCGCUUCGGUGUUGACGACUUCGACUUCCGCUACUACAAUCAGACCACAUUCUCGGGUCUAGAAACUCACAUAGCUAACUCCUUUACCAACUCCCUCCUUCAACUCCUCAAAUUCAUCCCUCUCUUCCGCAACCUUGCUCUGAAUCAUGCCGCUGGAAGCUGUAUCUUUGAGCACUGUCUUCUCUGUGAACUAGGUUACCUCUUUGAUAUGCUGGAGAAGGCAAAUGGGCAAAACUGCCAGGCGACCAAUUUGUUGAAGACGUUCAGCAGCUUCCGGGAGGCAUCCAACUUGGGCCUUUUGGAAGAGAACUUGACCAACAAAUCUCUUUCGACGGCCAUUCAAGCCGUGAAUCGGUUUUUUUUGACGCAGGUUUCCCACGAUUUUCGCACAGUCCAGCCUAAGGGUGAAGAUUUAGACCAGCGCCUGGCUACGAUCGCUUCAGAGUCCAUUCGAUGCAUGUUUUGCCAAAAUGAGACUGUUCGUCCGGGCAAUUCACUUGCCAACGAGCUCUUGUACCCAACUUCGGACAUCAAGCAUGCGCGACGCAACCCAGCUUUCCGAUUCUCCAGCAUCCUGCGAGCAAGUAUAGAGCGCGAGACUCAGAAUCGAGGCUGGUGCAAUUACUGUCGUCGGUAUCAGCAAGUCAUGAUCAGGAAAACCGUCCACCGGAUGCCUCUGAUUCUCAUCUUGAAUACCGCCCUUACCAACCCCGCUUGUCGCCGUCUUUGGUCGAUUCCCGGGUGGCUGCCCGACGCGGUUGGUGUGUCUAUUGACAACGGCCAAGUGAUGUGUUUCGAAGGCGACGAGCUUCGUGCACGUGAGCAGAGCAACACACCAGGUUUGGUCAUUUACGACUUAGUAGGUCUCGUGGCUGAGAUCGACAUUCCAGAGCAUCAAAAAGCACAUUUGGUCUCAUUCAUCAAUGUGUCAAUCUCUGAACCAGAGUCUCAGGCGUCCGAGGACAAGUGGCACCUUUUCAAUGAUUUCUUGGUUACUGAGGUGGAUCGGGAUGAGGCUCUUCGAUUCACGCAACCUUGGAAGCAGCCUUGUGUGUUGGCAUUCCAGGUGCGAGGCGCGCGGCACGGCGUUGAUGACUCUUGGAAGAGUUCUCUCGAUACCACUCUGCUAUUCCGCGAGUGGUCGCUAAAUGGCGGACAACAAGUCGAGUCAUGUCGUACCUUGACCGAAGACGAAAAGCCCACAGCUGGCACUCCGGUCGCACUUGAUACCGAGUUUGUCGAUCUCGAAAAGGCCGAGAUUGACGUGAAGGCAGAUGGAUCUCAAGAAAUUGUGCGACCCAACAAGAGUGGUCUAGCGCGAGUCUCAGUCUUACGAGCCUCGGGUGAAGACGAGGGCGUGCCUUUCAUCGACGACUAUAUCACUAUUCGUGAACAGAUUGUCGACUACGUAACACAAUACUCCGGAAUCAAACCGGGCGACCUUGACCCUCGGGAGAGCAACCACAACCUUGUCCCCUUGAAGGUCGCAUACAAAAAGCUCUGGCUGUUGCUCAAUCUUGGGUGUGUCUUUGUCGGCCACGGCCUUGCUUCAGACUUUCGAAAGAUCAACAUUCAAGUCCCCAAAUCGCAGACUGUGGAUACGCAGUAUCUUUUCUUCCACCCAGGCAAGAAUCGCCGUUUGAGUCUUCGGUACCUGGCCUGGGCUGUCUUCAAAGAGUAUAUCCAGGAGGAGCCAACCUCCGAAGUCAUCCACGGCCACGACUCCAUAGAAGACGCCCGCAUGGCCAUGCGCCUCUGGAAGAAAUUCCAAGAAUAUCAAGAUGCGGGGAUCGUCGCUCUCAUGCUGGAAGAGAUCUUCCGCGAGGGUUCAAAGCAUGGCUUCCGGCCACCACCGAAGAAUGGUGGUCUUAGCUCAGCUGCUGUGCUCUCACGCCCGGGCACGGCCGUUCCGCUGGCUAGCCCAAACGGUCGUAGCACCCCUGCUGUCGAUACGGGGGUCGUACCGACUCCCGCUGCAUCUGUCACUUCACCCAUGCCUGCAUCCGCUGUCCUUUCCGGUCCUCCGAGUGCCCCGACGACGCCUCGUCAGGCCUUUCGGCGUUCCAUCGCGCUCACCCCUAGCAACGGAAGCUUCACGGGUCCCGGCGCGGGCGACUUCUUCAGUGGCAGCCCGUUGCGGUGA